AUGUCGGACGAAUCGGGGGAGACGGCGCCGCUCCUCAACGGUCAAACCCCGACCAUUACCACGUCCACAAAACCACCGACGUCCUCAUAUCUUUCUUCGAUUACAAGCGCUCCGAGUCUCGAUUACAAGAAUGUCCCCCUGAGGAGUCUUGCCUAUAUCUGGCACAUCACAAAGAUCACCUUGUUGAGUGACUAUAUCAAUUUCCUCCUCAUCAUGGUGCCUCUCGGCAUCACGGCCGGCAAGCUAGGUUGGAGCCCAACUACCGUCUUCGCUCUCAACUUCGUCGCCAUCAUCCCUCUUGCCGCCGUCCUGUCGUUUGCGACUGAAGAAAUCUCCAUCGAGCUAGGCGAAACUUUGGGUGGACUACUCAACGCUACAUUUGGCAAUGCCGUCGAAUUAAUUGUCAGCAUUGUUGCGUUGAAGGAUAACCAGAUUGAAAUCGUCCAGGCGUCCAUGCUGGGAUCUAUCCUCUCCAACCUGCUCUUAGUUAUGGGGAUGUGCUUCCUCCUCGGUGGUAUUCUUCACCGUGGCGAGUCUGGCAAUGGCACGGAGCAAAUCUUCUCUUCCGCCACUGCUCAGACCACUUGCUCGAUGAUGACUCUAUCCUCAGCUUCGCUUAUGAUCCCCGCUGCUCUGUACAUUGUUCUUGACCAGAGUGGCUCAGAGGACAAACUGAAUAGCGUCCUCAUCCUCUCCCGCGGAACCGUCAUUAUCCUGCUCCUGAUCUAUGUCCUGUACCUCGUUUUCCAGCUGCGCACCCAUAGCAACUUGUUCGAUGCCGAGAAUCAGGAUGUUGGAGAGGAGCACAAGCCCGAGGAGCCGGUGAUGGGCCCCGUUGCUGCCGGAGCCGUCCUCGUCGUCACUACCCUCCUUGUCGCCAUUUGCGCUGAUUACCUCGUUGGAAGCAUCGACUCGUCGGUUGAGACCACUGGCAUCAGCAAGGCUUUCAUCGGUCUGAUUCUGAUUCCCAUUGUCGGCAACGCCGCUGAGCAUGUCACUGCCGUCGUGGUUGCGGCCCGAAACAAGAUGGACUUGGCCAUGAGUGUUGCCAUUGGCUCGAGUAUCCAAAUUGCUCUACUAGUUACUCCUUUCCUUGUUAUUGUCAGUUGGAUCUAUGGCUAUGACAUGUCUCUCCACUUCGAGACCUUCCAAACCGUCGCCUUCGCCGUUUCGGUUCUCGUUGUCAGCUACACUGUUCAGGAUGGCAGGUCCAACUACCUCGAGGGCGCCAUGCUCCUCGGGCUCUAUUUCAUCAUCGCCCUAGCCUUUUACGCCACUCCCAGCGAUGUGGAUAGCACUCCCGUCGCUUUGGUCGCCUUUACUGUCACGACUUCCCUUUAA